UUGCAUGGACAGAGUCUCUGGUUACUAAGCAACCUCAACGUCUUGGCGGACUAUUUCUCUGCUGAUCAACACUACAGACACUACACGAACAGAAAUGGAGGUCGAUCAAAAUAUCAUCGUCGCCGUGUGCGGCCGUCCUGUCCUGUACGACACCACGAUGGUGUCGUACAAGGACAGGAACAAAACAGAGAGGGCGUGGGUCGACGUGGCAGAGGAUAUUGGCGUUCCUGUGGACGUAUGUCGCAGGAGGUGGAAGUCACUCAGGGACAGGUACAUGAGAUACAAAAAGAAUGAAAAGGAGGGAAAAAAGAGCGGGUCAGCGGCAGGGAGAGUGGACACGUGGAGAUUUGCUAGGGUCCUGUCCUUCCUCGACCCCUUUGUCACCCCGAGGGAGACCAGCAGCAAUUUACCUCUGGGGGCAGAGGAGGUUGAGGGGGACGGGGCUCCAGAGACUCCACUGUCAGGGGCAGGAGAAGAUGAGGAGCUUGAGCAGGCAGCAGCAUCGCACAAUACAGACCAGCCCAGCAGUGAGUCUGAUAUAGAGGACGCUGAUGCUGCUCCUGCUCCUGCUCCUGCUCCUGCCCCUGUCCCUGCCGCUGUCCCUUCCCAUGUACCUGUCCCUGAGGCUGCCCCUGCCCCAAGACCACAGGGCGCGACGAAGAGGAAGAGAGCAGCCAGGGUACCGGAGGGGAAUACUGUCCAGACAGCCAUCCUCCAGGCCCUGCAGAGGCAUAAUUCUGUGCCUACCCCUACCCCCCUUUCUGGGAAUGAGCACUUUGCCAUGGGCCUAGUUCCUUCCCUGGAUAGAUUGCCACCUGAAGUACUGGAGUACGUUAAAUUCCAAAUCCGUAAAGUCAUAUUUGACCAUUCUAAUUUCACCGUUCAAUUGGAACCUAUUUAAGCUUAUUAGCUAGUGGUGGUGACAAUCUCUCCAGGGAAAGAACUAGGCUGAUGUCACUGUUAACUGUUCAUUUGUUAUUGUUCUGUUCUGUUUAUAUUAUAUUGUUCUAUGUUAUUUU